CUCGAAAUUUUCGGACCAUCUCCACCCACUUACCACCUAGUAGCGGAAGCAAUAGGUGUGGCAUAUAUACCCCUAUCAUGACGACAGAGAGAAAGACGGACGGACAGCACAGAGCGAAGCAAGAAGCAUCUCGCGAAUGGAAAGAGUCAAUCAAGAAAAAAGAAAGAGCGAAUCGGGGUAGUUUCAAAGCCACGCGGCAAGGAACCAACUCAAAACCAAAAUGGAGAAGAUGCGGGCACGGGAUGUUUGUGACGAUGAUGACGUGGAAGAAGAAUGGAAGUGGAAAAACCGAACUUAUCAUUUUCUUUUCUUGUUGUUUCUAACCUCUUUUUCCUCAAGAAUAGUGUUGCCUCACGGCAUCUCUGUUAUUCCAAUGCUUGUUUUUUUUCCUUUAUUCAUGACUCAUUUCUGCUUCAAUUUUCCACUGCUUGCCAUUUAUGACGAGAAGAAGAACUUGAGUUAUCGCCAUCAUCAAUCAUCUUUCACAAUUGCAUGUUCGUCGCACGUUUGUGCUUGCCUUGUCUUAGCUGAGGUAGUCAGUCCAUCAUCAAUCAGAUUGAUCAUGCUGCUUCUAAUACAUAUAUCUACAUACAACAAAUCUGAAUUGAAAUGUCCCUACAUGUGACUGUCCCGUAGAUAUACAUUUUACCUUUAUUAUGGAAUAAUGAGGGUUAGUAAAUGAAUACCUAGGUGCGAAGUGCUUGGGCGUUACUGCA